AUGCAGGCUGCAAAAACUGACAGAAGGAAAAGACCUGCGGAGACAGCUGCACCUCCUAAGAAGAAAGUGAGGAAGAAAGCCCAGGAACAGGAAGGUGGAGGGAGCCUGGCACUGUCUGGCGAUCCUGAGCGAAAACGCUGUCUGAGGACCAGAAUUGCUUCACAGUCUCUGGAAAAACUGAAGGAAUUCUGCAGUGGUUCUGCCUUCCCUCAGAAUAGAGCCCAGCCUGAACCUCGUCAGGGGAGAUUCGAAGUUCUGCCCAAAUGUACUGAUUUUGAGGACAUCACUCUUCAGCGUGCAAAGAAUGCCUCUUGUUCUGAAGCUUCCAAAUCUCAAAGUAACCAGAAGCACAGCGAACUUGAGCUGUCACCUGGGAGUCCUGAUGCUAAGGUGACCAGCAGGCGCUCCAAGAGUGUCUACACACCGCUGGAGCUGCAGUACAUGGAGGUGAAGCGGCAGCACCCGGAUGCGAUUUUGUGUGUGGAAUGCGGGUACAAGUACAGGUUCUUUGGGGAGGACGCAGAGAUUGCGGCCAGGGAGCUGAACAUCUACUGCCACCUGGACCACAGCUUCAUGACGGCCAGCAUCCCCACACACAGGCUCUUCGUGCACGUGCGCCGCCUCGUGGCAAAGGGCUACAAGGUGGGGGUUGUGAAGCAGAUGGAAACGGCGGCUCUGAAGGCAGCUGGUGACAGCAGAGGCUCUGUGUUUGCUCGGAAGUUGACUGCUCUGUACACGAAGUCCACACUCAUCGGGGAAGAUGUGAACCCGCUCGUCAGGCUGGAUGACGCCACCAGUGUGGAUGAGACGAUGGCUGAUACUUCCACUGGGUGUCUCUUGUGUGUCUGUGAAGACCUGGAAGGCGUCAAGGACAAGAAAAAGGGCAGCGCUUUCAUUGGCCUUGUGGCUGUGCAGCCUGCCACCGGGGAGGUGCUGCUGGACUGCUUUCGGGACAUGGAGCCCCGCCAGGAGCUGGAGACGCGGCUGUGCAGCCUGCAGCCUGCUGAGCUGCUGCUCCCCAGGCGCCUGUCGGAGCCCACGGAGGCACUCGUGCGCCGAGCUGCCGCAGCGGGUGUCCGGGAUGACAGGAUUCGAGUAGAGAGGAUGGAUAAUGUUUGUUUUGAACACAGCCUUGCUUUCCAGGCAGUCACAGAGUUUUAUGCAAAGGACCCAGUGGACAUCAGAGGGUCUCACAGUUUUUCUGGCAUCAUCAAUUUGGAGAAACCUGUGAUUUGCUGUUUGGCUGCCAUAAUAAGAUACCUCAAGGAGUUUAACUUGGAAAAGAUACUCUCUAUGCCUGAGAAUUUUAAACAGCUGUCAAGUGAAAUGGAGUUCAUGACAAUGAACGGAACGGCACUGAGGAACCUGGAAAUCCUGCAGAAUCAGACUGACGGGAAGAAAAAAGGAAGUUUACUGUGGGUGUUAGACCACACAAAAACUGCGUUUGGAAGACGGAAGCUUAAGAAGUGGGUGACACAGCCGCUCCUUAAAUUAAGCGAGAUCAACGCCCGGCUGGAUGCCGUCUCCGAAGUGCUGCACUCAGAGCCCAGUGUGUUCAACCAGCUAGAAAGCCAGCUGCAGAAGCUGCCUGACCUCGAGCGCGGACUUGGCAGCAUUUACCACAAGAAAUGUUCCACCCAGGAGUUCUUCUUGAUCGUCAAAACCCUCCAUCACCUGAAGUCCGAGUUACAGGCGCUGACACCCGCAGUGAAUUCUCAUGUACAGUCACAUUUGCUCCAGACAUGUAUUUUAGAGGUCCCCGAGCUCCUCAGUCCAGUGGAAUACUACUUAAAGACGCUAAAUGAAGCGGCUGCCAAGAUUGGGGAUAAAACGGAAUUAUUCAAAGACCUUUCCAACUUCCCUUUAAUAAAAAAGAGGAAAGAUGAAAUUCAAGAAGUUACUGUCAAGAUCCAAACACAUUUGCAAGAAAUACGAAAAAUACUAAAAAACCCUUCAGCGCAGUACGUGACAGUUUCAGGACAGGAGUUCAUGAUUGAGGUGAAGAACUCCGCAGUGUCCUGUAUACCCGCCGACUGGGUUAAGCAUUAUUGCAGUGACUUCAUUUCUUUCUGCAGGCCAACUCUGAAAGAAGAAAGGAAAAUCCUGAUAAAAAACGGGAGGCACCCCGUGAUUGAUGUGCUGCUGGGCGAGCACGAGCAGUAUGUCCCCAACAGCACCAGUCUGUCAGAGGACUCAGAGAGAGUCAUGAUCGUCACUGGCCCCAACAUGGGUGGGAAGAGCUCCUACAUCAAGCAGGUGGCCCUGAUCACGCUCAUGGCCCAGGUGGGCUCCUAUGUUCCUGCAGAGGAGGCGACCAUUGGCAUCGUGGAUGGCAUUUACACCAGGAUGGGCGCUGCGGACAAUAUCUACCAAGGGCGGAGCACCUUUAUGGAGGAGCUGACGGACACCGCCGAGAUCAUCCGGAAGGCGAGCCCGCGGUCCUUAGUGGUCCUGGAUGAGCUGGGGCGAGGGACGAGCACGCACGACGGCAUCGCCAUCGCCUACGCCACCCUGGAGUACUUCAUCAGAGACGUGCAGUCCUUGACCCUGUUCGUCACCCACUACCCGCCUGUGUGCGAGCUGGAAAGGAGCUACCCGGGCCAGGUGGGGAAUCACCACAUGGGCUUCCUGGUGAGCGAAGACGAGGGCCAGGCGGACCCAGGCAAAGAGGAAGUUCCUGAUUUUGUUACUUUUCUCUAUCAAAUAACCAGAGGAAUUGCAGCGAGGAGUUACGGCCUAAAUGUGGCUAGGCUAGCAGAUGUUCCCGGAGAAAUCCUGAAGAAAGCAGCUCUCAAGUCCAAAGAGCUGGAAGGAUUAGUAAACAUGAAAAGGAAAAGGCUAAAGUCUUUCAUGAAGUUGUGGACGACACAGAGCGCAGAAGACCUGCGAGAGUGGAUGGAUGAGUGGGGGGUGGAAGAGCCACAGACGUCUCCGCCCGACUGACACGCGGACUGCACUGGGAAGAAACGCCUGCGCGCGAGAGUGUUGUAUGGGCCUGCUGGAUCCUUUGGGAAGCGCUUUCUUCCUUUUGUGAAGAAACAAUACUCAGGUUCCUUCCCUGCCGCCUGUCAUAGAUCCAGGCUCCCACAGUGACAGGAAGCCCUGUGGACAGCGGGUCUCACACAUAGAAGCCUUUUCCAUAGAGUCCUAAGCGUGGUGCACACACCCUUGACAGUGAUGCGGAAUUGAAUUUCUGUCCCACGUGCACAAGGUGAAUGCUGAAAGCCACCCGUGUAUUCAUCGUGUGCAUAAGGAUGUCUGAUGAAAACACAAUUAUGAAAGUUUUAGAAGCCAGAGCCCAGUGCCCAGGAGGAAGGUCCUAUGAAAUGUAGAGUUAAAACACUCAUAGUUUUAAACAGCUUAGAUUCUGUCGAAUGGAAUGAUUUUGGCAUUCUUUACAGUAAUAAAUAUUUAAUGCACGCUU